GCCAUCGCCGUACUUAUCAAUCCCGAUGCCACUUGUGACUCAACUAACCCCUUCUGUCCCCCUUUGCUCUUCAUCCUCAGGUUCCUAUGGGACGACUAUGCGGUGGAGGUGCGGCUGAAUGACUACCUGGACAUUGUGUGCCCCCACUACCCGCUGGGCGAGGUGGCAUCGCAGGACGCUGAGCGCUACGUGCUCUACAUGGUGGAGCGGGAGGACUACGACGCUUGCAAGCCUCAGUCCUACGACCAGAUGCGCUGGGAGUGCGGCCACCCCUUCGCACCCCAUGCCGCCGAGAAGUUCUCCGAGAAGUUCCAGCGUUUCACCCCCUUCACCCUGGGCAAGGAGUUCCGCCAGGGAGAGAGCUACUACUAUAUCUGUAAGUGUCAAGCUAGCAGAUAGUCCACUAUUUAUUUAUCCAUGUGAAUUAAUUAUUUCUAGAGAAUUUGUAAGAGAACUUAAAGGGACACUUCAACCCAAAGUCAACGUAUGCUAGAUGUUCUCAGACCUCAAAAGUAGUCUAAUGUCAAAAUGAGAGUGGGAUGAAAGUCCCUUUAAAUCAGGAAAAAUGUGUCGGGAAAAGCACUGCAGACGAUAUAGAAGUGUAUACAGUCAAGUUUGACCUUAUGACCCUUGGCAAAGUACCCACACAAAUAAGUCGCCAUCUUGAAGUCUUCUGUUACCAUUCAGUGAAUGUUAGCGUGCUAUGUUGUCUUGUUGGCAUGCUAUGUUGUGCAUUGGUGCUCACAUGCUAGCUAGCUAGCAGAUAGCCGGUGGCCCAGUCACCCAGAGAGAGUCGAUGACGUGACCCUGAGUGUGUUGUAAUUAGAUGAGCGACGGGACACACCGCCUGCUCACAGAUGGCUGCAGGCCGCGUGUGUGUCCAUGCAUGUGUAUCUGUCUGUCUGUCUGUGUGUGUGGAGGUGGAUUAAGGCUACACAGGAGGAUAAGUGCAUUAGUUUGUCUGUGAUUAACGCUUGUCUUUGUUCCUUCCCCUGUCCAGCCAAACCUCUGCACCACCACGGACAGGAGUGCCUCAGGCUCAGGGUAGACGUCGUAGCUGCUGAUGGUAAGUUUUGCUGCCCUAGUGGUUGGGUGGAGAAGUGCACUGUAUAGGCUUUUGUCUGCGUCCCAUAGUGCACUACUUUUAACCAGGCCCUGGUCAAAAGUAGUGGACUAUAUAGGGAAUAGGGUGCAAUUUGGAAUGUAGCCUUUGUUUGAUAAUGAUGAUGAUUUUAGCUCCAGGCUGCAGUAAGGCAGAGGGAUUGAUUGUUCUUUUUCUCAUCCAGGUUCUCAAGAGGCCAGGGUUGCAACUGGAGGAGCUGCACCUGGAGCUGGGGGUGGAGCACACAACGCCUCUAACAGACUGCCUGCAGGUAUGUUAAUGAACAAACCAUGGACCAGUUGGACUCUCUAUGGGCCAGUUGUACUUGACCCUAGGACUGAACGUUUGUGGCCAGAUGAUACUUAAAGAUAUUUCAGUGGAGAUUCUUCAUUGAUCAUGCUUUUUAAUCCAGGGCUAGGAUUAAUCUGUGUCUGGAAAACUGGCCCUUGAAGUUCAGAUUAAGGAUGGGUUAACAUGUACUAAUGUAUAUUCUAUAUUUUCUCCAUACAGAUGACCCAGUGGUAAUCCUGCCAGAGGUCCAGAAAAGCGUGCGGACAAAUUUGGCAGUCUCGACAGCGUCCUUCUCCAUCCUCUCAUUGAUGGUACCAGUCUUAUUAUUACUGUUGUUACAGUGAGACUCUGAAAGAACUACAAAUCCUAUAGACUUGGAGGGACUACAAUGAAGUUGGCCUGUGGGGAACCACAGACACAGAAGACAGUUCUCAAAGCCCAGUGCUGGUCACUGGGAGAGGGACCUUUUUAAUCUUGUAAAUACAGAUGGACACACAUUCGCUAAGUGUGCUGUGUGAGACUUUGAUUGGAGUUUUGUGAGGAGGAAUUCAUCUUUGUCCUCUCUUUUUUAUGAUGUCAGUAUUUCCUGGACAGAUUUAGUUCUAUUUAAUGUUAGUAUUUGUUUUACUCUUCUCCUCCAAAAAACAUGAUUCAUUUUGGGAAAAAAUGAAGAGGAACCUAAUCUGGAAUGGAUGAAGAACAAUCACUGAAGACGAAGCUAAUGGACUUUCCUAUAUGGACAACUGUUUGUAUUUUAUAUGAAUUUGUAUUAGAAAAAACACCAUUUAGUGCAUCAUCUUCUCUAACCUUUUGAGCCAAAGAAUACAGUGAUCAUCUCUCCAGUAUGUAACUAUUCUAUUCCAACCUUGACUAUUGUGUACUGUUAAUUGUAUUGUUAUUGUAUUGGUAUUGAGUGGCACUAAAUGUCCAAGUGAUUCUUUGUCAAUGUAGCACCGACAAAAGCAGGGAAUGUGUUAGCUAACUAUCAAUGUUCCUGUGCAGACCUGACCAUAUGCUUUCACAGCACUAACCAUACAGCACAACAACAGACAUGCAACACACUAUUCAGUUGUACAGUCUGACUGACACCACAAUGCAGACUCAUAAAGGGAGACACUACAUGGAAAGGAACGGUGUUGUGUACAUUUUGUGAAAAUAAUUUAUAAAAGUUUGCAGCUGAAAGAUAACAUAAUACUGUAUGUUUAACAAAUGCUAUGUUUACUGUUGGAAAGUGAGCUCUCUCCAAGUGGGAGAAUGAGUGUCUCAGUGAGAGAGUGAGACAGAGAAGGUGUGCGAGGGAGAGAGGUCAAACAAAAUGUUAAAUCUGCCAAAAUCAAACACUGAUAUGUUGUGUGUAGCAGCGGAAGGUGGGCCUUCUCUGUUUUGUCGGAUCAUGCACUCGUACUGUUUAAACUAGAUCACCCAGACUGAUCUAUACUAACCACAGCACUCGCCAGAGUGUUUCACUAUGUAACACUGUUUGUUGCAUCUAAUCUCUACUUCAAUCACUAAAAAGUUAACCAAGUAAAAAAGGAAGACAUUUUAUUCAAAGACAUAGUUGUGAUUUGAUUGGACAUAAUUUACAAUUUGGUUGCAUUUUAAUGCAAUUCGGCAUUUACAAUAAAGCAAAGGUCUUGGGAAAUACUGCUCUGGUGAGGUUAUAGGACUACACUCACUGAAAUCACAAGACACGGCACCAAUCUUAGCUGCCAAGCUCAACUUACUUCACAGGGUGGUUUGAACGACAGACACAACGGUAUAUGACUAACAUAAUCCUUUUUGUUCUCAGAAAGCGUGUUACCUUAUUUUGUACAUGUUGAAGUAAAGUGUAUUAUAUGUAUAUAUAGAAUAUUAUAUAAAGAACCCAUUUGAUAAAUAUGAUAAAUGUGACAUUUCCAUGUGAAAUAAAAUAUAUAUUUUUGAAAAUGAGAACGGCAUCCUUCCAAUGGUUUCUCUUCCCUUUCUCUGACUAUCAUUUUCCACAUUUUUUUCAUUUUUUCCCAUCCCUUCUUAAAAUGACCCGAUUUCCAUUAUAUUACAGUAGAAAAAACAGAUCAGUCGAUAGCUGUAAUAAUGGUCAGUCAUAUUAAUAUUGAGUUAAAUACAGAUGUUCACGACAGUUUUUCCAAGGCCAAAGUCUUGGCUCAUGACAGGAAAGGAUUACAAUGGAGACAGAGCUGUGUAUGUCAUUAUUCACAAUAGGCUUGGCCAUUUUGGCAAGGAGGUCCAAAACCACAGGUGUGAUCCUACUCUUGUCUUUUUAUUUCAACUUUUGUGGACCUCCACCCAUAUCUCCCCCUCAUUUGUCCUUCAUAUCCCCCUCUCUGCUAUCCCAUAGUAGUCCUCUCCUCCUCUGUUUUGUAUUUCCAUCCAUUGUUCUCCUCCCUCUCUCUCUUCACAGAGGAGCUUUACGGCCGUGACAGUAAAAGCAGCUGUGGCACC